UCUUCAUCCCCUAUCCUAUCAAUUCUCUCACCAACGAAAUCUUCGCCAUUUUCUCCUACAAAUUUUCAUUUUCCUCUUUUAAUUUCAAUCAUUAUUAUCAUCAUAUUAUUAUUCUCAGUUUUCAACAGGAUCAAUCAAUAUAUUCCUAAUGAUCAAAACAAAUUGUAGAUUAAUUAUUUACAAUAAUUAAUUUAUUACCAUUCCAAACCUUCUCUCUCGUUUUUUGGGGAAAUCGAAUAAUAACCGAAUUUUCCCAGAAACGAGAGAGGUAGGGACACAUGUUGAUGAAAUAUUGAAAAAUAGAAACUUGUUUUUGAUUCUGAAUUUGGUUACAAAAUGUUGCUUCUUUUUUUGAUAAUGGAUAGUUAAGAUUUUGUAUGAGAAAGAAGAAGAAAAAAAACAUGGAAGAAGAGUUCGUGGAGAUUGAGGUUGAAGAAUCUUCUUUAUGUUUUGAUGAUGAGAUUGAUUUUACUUAUGAAUUUGAUGCUCCUAUGUUCUAUGAUUUUACAACACAAGAAACGCUUUUCGACGAUUGUGAAGCAGAACAAUGGUUUGAAUUUGCACAAAGUUAUCCACCUUCACCAUUUUUGAUGAAGUUUAGAUACGGAAAUGGUGGUGCAACUGAAAAUGGGAAUGUUACUUGUGGGGAUCCUCACCACGUUUCAACAAUGGAAGACAACAAUAGUAGAGGGGUUGAAAAUUGCAAUCAAACAGCACAAGAUACUCUAGAUGGUAAGAUAAAGGCUCUAACAAAGUCAAGUUCAUCAAAAUCUAAAGUUUUCACUUUCAUGAAACCAACGGCAAGUCAUUUGGCAAAGCUGAAGAACCCUCAAGAAGUUCAAAACCCUCGAAAUUUAAGAAGGAUUCAAGAAAAAAGUUCUGCAUCCAUAGAUUUACUAUUAACGAAGAGGCAAAAGCUUGAGUCCGGUUACUUGCGCAAGGUUGCUCAGUUGAAGCAUCAAAAUCUUCUUACACAUAAGAAAACUAAGGAGGUUGAUCGUACCAAUGUAAAUUUAGCCUCUAAACCAAAUGUUACUAUUCCUAGAGAACCUAAUCUCCAAACAGCAAUGAGAGCACAAAGACACAAACCUAAAACUAAUGUAGAAUCAGAGGAGCAUGCAAAAUCAAGUUUUCAGGUUCUUAAAGCGCGGCCCUUAACUAAAAAAGGUGGAGGUACAUUGAACAGCAAUUCCAUCUCAAAUAGCGAAACAAGGAAAAACACCAGUGUUGGCUCAAGGCAAGAAAAGUGUCGAACGAAUAGCAAACCUCAAGGUAGCACUGAUGAUAAGAAACUCUCAAGUAAAGGAGAAAGAGGUGUCUUCCGAAAUAUCAAAGUAUAUCCCUUGGAAUCAAACGACAAGAGAUUUACCGAUGAACCACCAACAGAAUUACUUAGCAAGCUCACCCUAACAUCUGAAGCCAAACAAACUGCAAAAUCACAAUCAAAGAAGCAGUCAAUUUCUAAGAGUUUGAAGGAAAAUAGACCUGGAUCAUUGCGCCAGGAGCAUGAGAUGAUGAACUUGGUCAAAGAAGAAAUUCAAAGGUUAUGUGGCAAGCAAUAUCAAUGUGCUCAAGAAAUGGGGUCCCUUGUCACAAAGCAAACAUGUAUGCUGGAAAUUGGACAUUAAAUGAUAAUAGCCAUGGUUCUCACUAUUGGUGCUCUUUAGUCUAGAUACAUUUGCUUAAACUUGCACAUAAAAUUCCCUCAACAAUUGGAAGCUCAAUUAUUCUUUCAAAAAAAAAUUGGAAGCUCAAUAUAAAUUGUAAGGAAACCAUCCAAAGGGUCGUAAUUUGCUACUAGUGGUAACAAAGGGGAAACAAAUUAUUUUGGGAAGAAGUUCCAAAAUGGAACCUAAUACCUUCAUUGUACAACAAAAAUCAUUAGACAAUUGGAAAUUCUCUCUGCCUAUUUCCCUUCCUUAAUUCUAUUUCUAUGUAUAAAGGAAGUUACAAAAUGCAAUGUCAAUGUGAUACAGACUGAGGCAUAUGAAUUACUAUACUUGUAAAUUUCUGACUUCACUACAUUUACUACUAUAAUUUGUAGCACACUUUUUUAGAUGUUUUCAACA